AUGGCAGCCCGGCUGCCCACCCUGCGCCUGCUGCUCUUGCUGGGGAUGUGGGCCAUCCCUGGCCACCGAGGAGCCGCCCUGGGCCCUGGAGAGCCCAGCCUGCAGCUCACCGGCGGCAGCUGCCGCUGCACCGGGAUGCUGGAGGUGAAAUGGGAGGGCAAGUGGAGCCGUGUGUGCCGGAACAGCAUGAGCGAGGCCAACAUGGAUGAUAUUUGCCAGCGGCUGGGCUGCGGCCCCCUCAUUGCCGAGCCCCUCCAGCUUGUCUUCGCCGGCGGGAAGGAGCCACGCACGCGGCCGCUGCGGUGCCUGCGGCUGGCGGCCACCCUGACCGGGUGCUACUGGAUGCCGGCAAACUGCACGGAGCAUGUCAUCCUCGCCUGCAGCGAGCCGGUGAAAACCACCCCCGAGCCUCCGCCGGUACCCCCGGCCACCACCCCGGAGCCCACCGGACCCGCCAGGCUGCGGCUGGUGGACGGGGACUUCGGCUGCUCAGGCUUCGUGGAGCUGCAUAAGCAGGGGCUGUGGGGAGCCGUGGCAGGCAGCCCGGGCAUCCAGCCGGAGCUGGCCACCCACAUCUGCCAGGCUCUCCGUUGUGGCACCGCCAUCGAAGGCCACAGCCACGCCAAGCCGGAGCGGGAAAGCCAUUUGCCGGUGCGGUGGGAGGUGGUGGAGCCUUGCGAGAGCCGUCUACUCCUCGACUGCUUCAACAGGACCAGCGCCCGGCGGGGGAAAGAGCCUGCCUUCAUCAUCUGCUCGGGCUCCCAGCCCCAGGCCCUGCGGAGGCUGGCGGACGGCCCCACGCCUUGCGAAGGGGACAUCGAGGUCUUUCACGAGGGGCGGUGGCGGGUGCUGUGUGACAACCAGGCGCAGCGAGCCGAGCGGGGCAGGCAGCUGUGCCAGGAGCUGCGGUGCGGGAACCUCUCCUCCAGCGUUGAGAUCCGGGAUCUGCCCUCGAUGGGUGUCACUUGUAGGGUCCCCACGCUGCACCUCUGCCCCACCAGACUCGGGGCCCCCCAUGCCUGCUCCCGGACCAGAGUCGUGUGCCAGGACUCGAAGCCGCAUCCCACCGGCACGGCGGCAGGCACCAUCGUGAGCAUCUGCCUGGCCCUGCUUCUCUUCGGCAUCCUCCUGCUCAUCUGCGGCCCUCCUGCCUACAGGAGGCUGAUGAAGAGAAUCUCCAAAAAGAAGCAGCGCCAGUGGAUCGGCCCCACGGGACUCAACCAGACGGUCUCCUUCCACCGCAACAGCACCGUCACCCUGAGGCCGCGGGCAGAGGGGCAGCGGGUGCAGGGGGGGGACAACGACUACGCUCAGCCCCCCCAGAAGAGCUCCUACCUCUCGGCUUACCCAGCCCUGGAAGGCAUGUGCAGAGCUUCCAAUCCUCCGGAUAACUCCUCCGACAGCGACUACGACCUGCACUCUGCCCGCAGAGCGUGA